AUCCGCGCUGCUGGGGCCGGGGACCGCGGUGGCUGGGGGUGGAGGGACAGUCCGGGCGGUGUGGAGUCGUACCCCGAAGACGGGGGCGUGUGGCUGCGGUCGGUGAGGGGCCCCGCGGAGCGGUGUCCCCGGCCCGUGGUGCUUUGCUGCCUGCCCGCGUUGGAAAGGCCUUCCCGUUGCGCCGGCCCUGGGGCGCUGCGGGCAGCCGAGCCUGGCGAGGGGGCGAGUGGCGUGCCGGGUGCCUUUGUUAGGCCUUCAGCGAGUUUACAUGGUUGCUUUUCUUCCCUAAGGCAUCUGCGUGCUGUGCCAGCGCUGCAGGCCGGAGCUGCGGCAGAGACCUCGAAGGAUGCUGAGCUGCGGCUUAGCAAACUGAAACAUGACUGAUACAGAUGAGUCCCAGGCUUCUGGCUCCGAUUACCCUGAUGCCCAGGAGCUGAUCAGCCCCCAGCAGGAGGAGCCAUUCGAGGUGUGCUCAUGGCAAAGGAAUGCAGGAGCAGAGCGGUCAAGGCAGAAGGCAGCUGCUCCUCAGGAGUCUGCAGACCAUCCCAACAGCACGUGUAAAUCAUCAGCUGCUUCAGCUGAGGUUUUACUGAUCAGCAGUGAUUCAGAAAGUGAUGUCUCUGCUGCUCGUCCUGAGUGCUCCGUUGCACCUUCCAAGCCGAAAAGGCGAUCUCAAUCUUCAAGGCAACAAGCUGAAUCUGGUACAGAAGUACCUGACAAUGAAAGCUCCUCAGAUUCUUCCCUGUCUCCCCAAAGUCCAGGGAAAUCAUUAGAAGUUCCCAAGCAGCAGAAGUCUAAAUUCAAUUUGAAGGCCAUUUUUGCCUAUCACUUCAGGGGAAGGAAGUUCAAAGCCGCCGCACACCGAAAAUACAAAGUACAGGCACGGAAGAGCAAGAAAAAGUAUGAGAGCACACACAUGCCCACAGGGAGGCCCCCACUGACAGCCUCACCUCAGGAGCAAAAGAGGAGGCUUCUAGACAGGGGUUUUCAAUUCCCUUUUGUUGAAAAACAUUAUGGGGAGAAACAUAUUCCCUUAAAGAUGGUUCUUGACUAUGAGCAAGCAGCUGCAAAGGGGUAUUUCAAGUAUAUUGAAGUGCUUAAAUAUGAAGAACAUCUUAAGAAAGCUUUAAAAGCCCUUCAGGCCAGUGAUGACUUAGAAAAAGAGUGUAUGGUGUUACGGAAGCACAAGUACUUAGAUGAUGAAGGCCCCAUUUCCCCUAUUCAGCAGACAGAUGAUGAUGAGGACAGCUUGAAUUCUGAUACUCAGGAACACCUUGAUGCCAGAGUAGUGGAGAACAGCUCUUUCAUUCUAAGCAGCACAAUUCCCAAAAAAAAAAAGUCAAAGCCAAAAAGAAAACAUGCCAAACCGCCUGAAGUGAUUGAAAUAAUGGAUGAAGAAGAGGGUGCUGAAGAGAACUCUGUGCCUCUGCAAGGCUCACCUUGGUGAACAGCAGAUGGACCAGUGAGGUGGCAGUGGUCGUUCCUCAGAGACCUUUUCAUGGGCCUGUUUGGUUUAAAGCAUUGGUCUGGAAUCACUGUUCAUCUCUCCACCCAGCUGCCCAGGCACAUUUGGCUUACUUUUAUGUUGUUUUGGAAGAUGAAAUACCUCUUUGUUUUCUUGGUGCAUAAGAUGAGCACACUCAGACUGCAGCAGCAGUUGUAACUACGUGGGGAUCUCCUGAGUUCUUGUGGCUGUUUGCUGACCUGAUUCACAAAUCCUUCACUUCAGUGGACAUGUGUGCAGCAUGGUAGCAAAAGAGGGCAUUCCUGUGAUGAUUGGAACAUAUUGGAAAGCCUCUACUUAGAUGAAGUGCACCUGAUGUCCAGUGUGAACUAGCACCUUGGUACUUAGAGAAAGUGAAGAAGAAAGAAAUGCAGGCUGCCAUUUCACAAAGUCUGAAGCUGUUUCAAGGAAAAAGGAGUUCAAAGUAAAAGAAGCAAAGUACUUGGGGGAAAAGUAUAAAUCUUCACACAGGAGAAUUCUGAAGCUGCUGUUUCUGUUAGUCUCUUCUCCCUCUCAGCUGCACAGCAGUUCUGUAGAGAGUACCUCUUCCUGCCUGACACCCUCUGGUGCAUGCAAGAAGCUCAAAUGUAAAAUGAGCUGUGGUGGUUGAAGGUCUGUGCACGCAGCAGCCUCCUCCUGGUGGGCCGAUGGUCAAAAAACAGUGCAGCAUUUGGCAUCCUUGGUUUCCCGUCUGCUGUGCCUGUUAAACCAGGUGCUUGAGGAUACAGAAUGAAGUGAAUUGAAUUGCCCUGAGUUAAGAAAAAAGAUGGAAGCAAUUUGUUUGACAGGGUCUGCCACCAAGUUGCUUCUGCAUGUCAGAGGCAUGAGAAACACCAUGUGGGAGCUGCCAAAGUGAGUGUGAAGAUCCUGCUGAUGUUGAUGCAAGCCUGCUCUAAAGAACUGCACAGCUGUUCCAGACAAAGAAAGAACCAUCCCUAGAGUGUUUAUUGCAGUUUUUUGAAUUAAACAUUCACUUUAACUUGCUA